AUGAAAUCUUCUGGUUUAUCCGAAUGGAGUUAUCAUUCUGUAUCUACGGAUAGCAACAGCAAAAAAGGUGUGAAACUUUCACAAAAUACUAUUCUCAGAUACAAUAUUACUAUUGGUCGUCGUGUUUGGCUUCGUUCAUCUUGUACAGCUAUAUACGUCGAUAACACAUGGUAUUCAUCCGAUGAUAAUACACUACCAUUAACUGGCAUUAGUUAUACAAGUGGUUUUGAUCCAAAUCUCGGUGAUUAUCGAGAUUUUCAAUUAAGCUAUGAUCUUGUUCGCGACGGAAUACAUACGACAAUCGUUGGUCACAUACGCGAUUGGUAUGGUGCUUCAGGAAUUUCGUUUCAUUUAGAUACUGGUGAUCAAAUUAUGACGAACAUCGUCCCUCUUGACAUGGAUCAUGUUCGUACAGUUUUUCCAUCGUUUUGUAUUGAACAAAUGGAUCAAAAUGAUCAACGAGGUUAUUUUACAUUCGAAGAAGAAAUGUCAGGCGAUGAUGGUAAACAUGCAGGUUGGUGGAAUUCAUCCAGUAAAGUCAUUCGAUCAGGAAUACAAGGUGGCCAUGUUGUUCUUUUUAAUUUAACUCAACAAGGAGAAGGUGAUAUAUUAGUUCUUUCAUCAUUUUCUCAAUUUAUGGCUACCUCAUUAAGUCAAACGAAUAACAACAUAUUAGAAUUUGGUGUGAUCGGCUCAAUGCUAUCAAUAUCAGCUAAUUAUAUUCAUGCCAUGAUGGUUUUUUUAUGCAUCAAAUGUAAGAAAGCAUUACCAAUUGGUAAUGAUUCAUUUUGGAUUGAUUUAUUUACUCAAGCACAUUAUUGGGGUCUUAUUCUUUAUGAACAAGAUUGGCUUGAUCGGCAAACAAUUGAUUUUUUACCAACACGGACUGAUAUUAAUCUCGGACGUCAAUGGCUAAUAUCGAUGGGUGAAGCAGCAGACAAAAUUGGACUAAAUAUACAGUAUUGUAUGAGUUUACCACGUCAUAUUCUCAGCGCUUUACAAAUUCCACGCGUGACUCAAGCACGAACAUCACCGGAUUAUGCUGUUCAUCUUGAUGGUAAAGGACAACAAUGGACUAUAGGAAUAUCAAGCAUGUUUGCUGAUGCUAAUGGUUUAGCACCAUUCAGAGAUGUGUUCUGGUCUACCUCAUUACAACCCGGAUCGCCUUAUAAACCAAAUGCUGAAGAAGUACUUUCAGAACGAGAAAUACUUAUUGCGACUUUGUCCACAAGACCUGUCAGUCCUGGAGAUGCUAUUAAUUAUACCAAUGCACAACAUAUCAUGAAAUGUUGUCGUGAAGAUGGUUUGAUUUUGAAACCAGAUAGACCAUUGACCAUGAUUAAUAGAUUAGUAUCGGACUGGGCUUUUCAUGAUGGUGUAUCACAGGGUGAACUUUAUUCUACAAGAACAAAUAUGUAA